CUGUGGAGGGAAGAUGACUUUCUACGAUGGCAUUUACCCGUUCUACUCUCUACAAAGGAGCCCGUUCAUCGUCGACAUCAGCCUGCUGGUCGUGAUUCUGGUUUUCUCGGUCCUGGCCGUCAGUUUCCUCUUCAUUCUACCGGGAAUACGGGGCAGAUCGAGACUGUUUUGGAUGUUCAGGAUAAUCGUUAGUUUAUUUAUUGGAGUUGUUUUAGUAGUGUUGAAUUUUACCGGAGAUUGGGCCGAAGCCAGCGUGAAGGCCAACGCCACCUACAAAUCCUUCAGUAACGCUGUGGUUUCUGCUGAGGUGGGACUUCAUGUGGGGCUGUAUGGCAUAAACAUUACACUCAAAGGCGAGCCAGUAUCGCAGAUAAACGAGACCAUUGACUACAACGAGAUCUUCAGGUGGUCGAGCAGCGUGGACGAGCAGUAUAGCGAUGCGCUGGAGCGAGGUCUUCCCAACCCCAUCCUUUACAUCGCAGAGAAGUUCACUCGCAACAGCGCCUGUGGCCUCAUCUACCAGUACAGAUACUCAGGCCGCUUCGCCUCAGCCAAUCUGUGGACGGCUUUUUGCUGCUGGCUCGUGGCCAAUAUCCUCUUCUCAAUGCCUGUCAUCCUCUACGCCGGGUACAUGAUGAUAGCCACGGCGGCUUUCAUCUUCUUCUCCAUGGCUUCCUUCUCAACCAUAUUCAGUGUGACCCCAUGCGACUUCAGUAUAGGGGCAGAGUCCUUAAGUGCAGACUACAGCCAUUCCUUCUGGAUCGCUUUGGCUACGGGUUUGUUGUGCGCUGUGAUUGGUUCGGUGGUGGUGAUAUCGGACUGUCUGUUUCCUGCGAGGAUGAGGGAGGUCUUCAGUGUGGGCGUGGACAACGAGGAUGACCAAUGCAGUACUGGUGAAGGCUACCUCAACUCAGGCUUUCUAGAGGGAGUGAUCUAUGACGACAGCACACAGACGUCUCAGCAGAUCACCACGUUAACAAGACUUUGAGGAGCGGUUUGCUGUCAUCCACAACUACUACUUGAAAACUUACAGACCCAAUCUGUAUAUAAAAUGGUUUCUGAUACAACUGUUCUAUACGAUCUGCAUAUCCAUAUGUAUAUAUGUACAUAACAAAAAAUAAAAUACAAAUUCUACAAGGUGUAUCUUUUCAUUGUCGUUUUUACAGUUCUUUUAAGUCCAAUGAGAUGACAUUUGGCGAUACCAAGAUUUAAUUCAUAUACCCAUGAGCAUGAUUUUUACAUCUAAAAUAUAGUCUGCAUAGAUUAAUUUCUUCAGUUGUGUGAUCUGAAUAUGGAAGUUCAUUAUUACUGUAAAAUAAUCAAUAUAUAAGUCAUUUGUACGCACACACAUAGCCACACGUCACAAAAAAAUCAUUUUUCAUUACUUUAAAUAUGAAUUGAAAAAAAUAUAUAUAUGAAAAAGUUUAGUGUUGAAUAAUUAUAUGAAAAUUAAAUUCUAAAAUAAGUACAAUUGUAUAAACUAUACAGACAUUUAAAUAAAAAGCGGAAAACAAAAUAUACAAAUACAAUUACUUCAGAAUUAAUAUCUCAAUGAUGCUAAAAAAAAACGAA